AUGCAUAUGCAUGAAGUUCCCUCCAAUGGCGCCGCCGGCGGAGGACGGGGGGGCGGCCGCGGGGCUUGCGCCUGCGCACAGUGCAGCCGGCGGCCCGGCCCGGCGGCCCCUGCCCGGCUCCUGGGCUCCGGGGCCCGCGGCCGCGUCCUGGGCGGUGGCCGCGCGGGGUCAGGCCAGGGCGGUGCUGAUCCUCGGCUCCUGGGGUCCCCUCCCUGCGCCCCAGCCGUGGCCCCGUGCACGGAGGAGCAGUACCAGGUGGGGCCGCGGUGCUGCCCCAAGUGCAGCCCAGGUUACCGGGUGCAGCAGCACUGCGGGGCAUCCACAGACACAGCCUGUGCUCCCUGCGCCCCCGGGACCUACACCGCCCACCGGAACGGGCUGAGCGCGUGUCUGCCCUGCCAGGACUGCCGCCCAGCCCUGGGCCUGGAGACCCGGCGCGGGUGCUCCCCCACGGGGGACGCCGUGUGCGGCUGCGCCCCCGGCCACGUCUGCGUCCUGGAGCACGGGGACAGCUGCGCGCAGUGCCAGCCCCGCACGGCCUGCAGGCCCGGCCAGAGCGUGAGGCAGAGAGGCACCGAGCGGCAGGACACGCUGUGUGAGGACUGUCCCCCCGGAACCUUCUCUCCGCUCGACGGGACCCUGGAGCAGUGCGAGCCCUGGACCAGGUGCAGCCGGCUUCAGGCAGAAGCAAAUCCGGGGACCAGCAGCAGCGACGUCACCUGCUCCUCCUGGCCCCUUAUUCUGCUUGUGCUCCUGCUUCUGCUUCUGCUCGUCUCUGUCCUGGGGGCGCUCGGGGUCCUCGGGGCACGAUGGGCUCUCAGGGGAAGAAAUGGACGACCAGAGGUGGUGGACAGGCGGCUGCGGCGGGAGCGGGGGCCGGACACUGUCCGAUGGGCCAGCCUGGCGUGCCCGCGCGUGCCGGGAGCAGGUCUCAGCUGCUGCCCACGUCCCCCACCCCACCCCGGGCCCAGACAGGGCCUGGGUCGGGUCUGA